CCGCUCUCUUUUUUUAUACGAUGGCUCGAUUUAUUCCUUACUCUGUCGCUAUGGUUACGCCAUUUACCAAGGCCGGUAAUUUGGAUAUAGCGUCUGUUCCAGCUGUAGUCAAAUACUACCUGAAUCAAAAUGUGCCUGGUUUACUUGUCAGUGGCACAACAGGGGAACAACACUGCAUGACAAUUGCAGAACGCAAACAGCUUUAUGAUUUGGUUUCAACAACAGUUUCUGGAAAAUGCAAACUUUAUGCAGGUGUUGCUACAUUCAAGACUGAAGAUGCAAAAGAAUUAGCACUUGCUGCCAAAGAAGCUGGAUUCUCGGGCAUCAUGCUAGGUUUCCCGCCCUAUCGUAUCCCUUCACAGAAAGAAGCUGAGUUGUACGUGAAAGAAGUUGCAGACAGUGUCAAAGAACUUCCCUUGUUUCUUUAUAACAACCCUCGUCGAAAUGGAUUCAGCCUAGAACCAGAGACAUUUGCUCGCAUUGCUAAAACAGUUGGUAAUAUCUAUGGCCAAAAAGAAGCUGGAAGUCCAGAAAAUGUGAGAAAAAUGAAAGCUACUUUAGACAAUGUUGAUACAUAUAGUUUCUUUUCGGGAAGCGACUCAACUUUUAUUGAAGCAUUUACAACACACGGAUACACUGGUAUCACUUCAAUUGCUGGAAACAUUUAUCCAGAUCAAAUGAAGUUUGUGGUUGAUCAUUUGCUCAAGAACGAAAUCGAACAAGCCAAAAGCAUUAUGGAAAGUAUUGCCCCUGGAAUCAAACUUUUGGAAGAAGCUGGAAUGAUCCAAAGUAUCAAAUAUAUCUUGCGCAAGAAAGAUGUUCCAAUUGGCUUCUGUCCUUCUCCAAUUCAAGACAUUUCUGAUGAAGCAAAACAAGCAUUAGACAAAGUUUUUUUCUCCUAAAACUAAUAAACUGUUUAAUGCAAUAAUUUGUAGUAA